AGUUUAUCACCGAACGGGUCACCCAAACUCCAGUAGCUCUUGGGGCAGGACUGUGCUCCCCAGGUGCUGCCCCCAAAGCAAGCCCCCACCGUCCCAGCCCUUUUGGGGCAUCUCGCCAGCACCCGGCCCCGUGACGCAGCAGGAGGCGUCUCCUCGCCUUGAGCCUCGGCUGGGUGGGAUAAGAGCGAGGUCACCCUCGCUGCCCGCUCGCCCGCUCCCAUGCUCGCCCGGGCUGCGCCCAAACCGGGCGGCUUGCGGCCCCGCAGCCAUGCCGGGGGCUGCCGCCGGGCUGGGGGGGUCCCUGUCCCUGGGGGAGUCCCCAUCCCAUCGCACGGCCCCCCAGCCCCGGCCCUGGCGGCUCGUCCCUUCGAGCAGGUGCCGGGUGAGCGGCGGGGCGGCUGGGUCAACCUCUACCGCUUCUGGCAGGAGGGCGGCUUGCACAACGUGCACAACAUCAUGGCCCGCAAGUUCCAGCGCUUCGGGCCCAUCUACAGGGAGAAGCUGGGUGUCUACGAGAGCAUCAACAUCAUCAGCCCCCGGGACGCGGCCACGCUCUUCAGGUCGGAGGGGAUGUUGCCCGAGCGCUUCAGCGUGCCCCCCUGGGUGGCUUACCGCGACUACCGCAACAAGCCCUACGGCGUACUCCUCAAGAAGGGGGAGGCUUGGCGCUCGGAUCGCCUGACCCUGAACAAGGAGGUGCUGUCGCCGCAGGUGGUGGAGGGCUUCGUGCCCCUGCUGAGCGAGGUGGGCGAAGACUUCAUCCGGCGGGCACGGGCACAGGUCCAGAAGAGCGGCCGGGAGCGCUGGACGGCCGACUUCAGCCACGAGCUCUUCCGCUUUGCUCUGGAGUCUGUGUGCCAUGUGCUGUACGGGGAGCGGCUGGGGCUGCUGCAGGACUUUGUGGACCCCGAGGCGCAGCGCUUCAUCGACGCCGUGACGCUGAUGUUCCACACCACCUCACCCAUGCUCUACCUGCCGCCCGCCCUGCUCCGCGGCCUCAACGCCAGGACGUGGCAGGACCACGUCCACGCCUGGGAUGCCAUCUUCACCCAGGCUGACAAAUGCAUCCAAAACGUCUACCGGGACCUGCGGCUGCAGCGCAAGAGCAGCAGGGAGUACGCGGGCAUCCUCUCCAGCCUCCUGCUGCAGGACAAGCUGCCCCUGGAUGACAUCAAGGCCAGCGUCACCGAGAUGAUGGCGGGCGGCGUGGACACGACCUCGGUGACGCUGCAGUGGGCCAUGUUCGAGCUGGCGCGGUCCCCGGGCACCCAGGAGCAGCUGCGGGCGGAGGUGCUGGCCGCCAAGCACAAGGUGGCGGGGGACAGGGUGAAGAUGCUGAAGACCACCCCGCUGCUCAAGGCGGCCAUCAAGGAGACGCUCAGGCUGCACCCCGUGGCGGUGACGCUGCAGCGGUACACGGUGCAGGAGGUUGUCCUGCAGGACUACCGCAUCCCCCCCAAGACACUGGUGCAGGUCGGUCUCUACGCCAUGGGCCGGGACCCCGAGGUCUUCCCCAAGCCGGAGCAGUUCAGCCCCGAGCGCUGGCUGCUGCCGGGCUCCAAGCACUUCAAGGGGCUGAGCUUCGGGUUCGGGCCGCGGCAGUGCCUGGGGCGCCGCAUCGCUGAGCUGGAGAUGCAGCUCUUCCUCAUGCACAUCCUGGAGAACUUCAAGAUCGAGACCAAGCGGGCGGUGGAAGUUGGGACCAAGUUUGACCUCAUCCUCCUCCCCGACAAACCCAUCUACCUGACGCUCCGGCCCCUGCAGCGCCCGGCGUGAGCGGGACACCUGGUGGCCCCCCUCCAGUCCCAGCCUGGGGACACCUCCAGCACCUCCAGCCCUGGCUCCAGCCCCACAGGACAAGGGGGGAAAGCUGCCCCCCUCCCCAUUUUGCUUCGCCUCUGUUUUGCUCUGUAAUUUCUAAAAGCAGCAGAUCUUUGCCGUGAGCAUGAAUUUUGCAUCUCGGAGUGUCUCCGGUGUCCUGCCCCCUGAAGACCCCCUAGGGCAGGGGGUCCAGGAUCC